GAGCCUGAAGAGCUCUGACAGCAGUGUGCACGCGAGGCGCGUUCUAGUCUAACAGCACAGGAGCUUUUACAGCCGCAUUACACUUCAGAAUGAAGCCUUGUUUGGUGCUCGUGUUCCUGCUGCUCUCUCUGCUCUGUCUGAUGUACCAGGCGUCGGACGCGUGUUCAUGCGUGAUGUCUCAUCCACAGGACGCGUACUGCAACUCCGACAUCGUGAUCAGGGCAAAAGUGGUGGGCAAGAAACUCCUGGACGACCGUCCGUUCGGAACCAUGCGCUACACCGUCAAACAGAUGAAGAUGUACAAGGGCUUCGACAAGAUCCAGCAUGUGCAGUACAUCUACACACACAACUCCGAGAGCAUGUGCGGCGUCAAGUUCGACAUCAACAAAUACCAGUACCUGAUCACAGGUCGUGUUCAUGACGGGAAGGUUUACACCGGCCUGUGUAACUUCAACGAGCGCUGGGAACGCCUGUCUCUGGCUCAGAAGAAGGGCAUCAACCACCGCUAUCAGCUGGGCUGCAACUGCAGGAUUAAGCCGUGUCACUACCUGCCCUGCUUCGUGACCUCCAAACACGAGUGCCUGUGGACGGACAUGCUGUCCCACUUCGGCUACCCCGGGUAUCAGUCCCGCAACUACGCCUGCAUCCAGCAGAAGGAGGGCUACUGCAGCUGGUACCGAGGGAUGACCAUCCGCGACAAAGUGACCAUCAACACCACCGACCCCUGAACCCGCCCUAACAACAAUAACUAACUGCCCCACCUGAUCUUCCUCUGUGUAAUUAGACAGAACCACAUCGGAUCACGUGUGUUCAGCAACGGGUCACGUGAGGCCUGGAGCAGUUACCCAGCUAACACAAACACGUUCUGAGAACGUUUCGCUAACAUUCCCGAUUCGGAAUGUUCUCUGAACGUCCGGUUUUUAAAUGUUGAACGUUGAGGGAACAUUCCAUCGUAUUAUUCUUCAAACAUCAUGGGAACGUUACUUUUGAAUGUUCUCUGAACAAACAUUUAAAAAACAUACAACUGAAACGUUUCAGAAAAAAAGAUGUUAACAUUAUUAAAGUCCAGAUCAAUUUGAACGCACACACUGGAGGAACGUUUGUUCGUAACGUUCUGAGAACGUUCCCUGUUAGCUGGGUAACCCCAAACGAAACGAACUGAUCCUCAUUAACACGACCCACUGAGAUAUGAAGUAAUUUAUGAAUGCAAUAAUACUGCUCUUUUAUAGUGAUGUAUUGCUUUUAAACAUGAUUUAAAUGAUAUAAAUUGUAUAUGUACGCAGAUAAACGUCAUGUGCCAGAUUUAUACUGUUCGGUAUCUAUUUAUGAUGCUCACUCUGGACUGUGCUGAAACGUUGGGUUUUGGUCAUUUAGAAGUGGUCGUUCCAGCACCAGCGCAGAGCGACGCCUGAGCGAUCCGUGCGUUUGAUUCUUUCCUUCUUGCUGUUUAUGAUAUAAGCUAUGAAAUUGUGACUAGUAUUUUUUUAUUACUUUAAAACAAAGAUUAUAAUCAGUAGAUAAAUAUUCUUCAUAUCAAUGUGUUUUCUACAUCUAGACCGCGCUGAUGAGAGAAAUCUAAUGCUUCAUCAAUCCAUUCUGAGAGUACCGAAUAUGAAUCAAACAAUAAUCAUGCAUCAAUAUUGAAGUAAUUCAGAUCAGAACAGCUAGAAUAAUCGUUUUUAUCACUAAACUCAAGUUAUUUCAUCAGAUAUUCUGCUCCAUUCCUCCGUUGGAGGCUGAGAUCAGAC